CGACUGGUUAGUGAAUAGACAUACGAAAAAUGAAGAUGUUGUGGACGUUUUUGCCGUUAUCGUUUCUUAGCGUUUAUGUGAGUGUUGCUAAGGAUGUGGCCAGCUCGAGCGGGUUGGGUUCUCACACAUCGCUGCUUACUCUCGACCUCGCCAACCCCGCGGAGAAGGACUUUGGCAUUUCUGUCAACAAGAGCGACCAUGUAGUCAUCAAGACUUUCGCUGCCGCCGGCGGAAAGGGCAUCGGAAACGUCGUCUUUGACGAUGAGGAUGUAUGGAGGGCAGAGGCCGGAGCAGGCGCCUCCGCCGUCAACUUUUACACCAGGUACGGCAAGGCCAUGCUCGUUGAGGUUGUGACUGGCAGCAAGCGCUUGCCCAAGCUCUUCUUCUUUGAGCACCAGGGCUUCAACUGGAUCGAGGUCUCAGAGGAGGUUUUUUGCGGAGCACGCAAGGACCUUUACAACACUGCCAUGACCCCAAGGACCAUUGACAUUUCCUCCCUCGACAUAGCCUACCCAGUUGCCCGCGAGGAACGCCAAGGCAGCCUCCUCUACAGAGAGUACACUCCACUCGAGGGUGAGUACUUCUCUGACCUCUACGAUGGCAAGACCCACGUCUGGGACAUUAGAAGCUACCCAAGGAAGCUUCUCAACCUCUACGUCUACAGCUUCAACGGCGAAGCCGCCUUGUUGCACCUCUACUUCAAGGAAGGCAGCACUGAGGUCGCCUCCAACGAUAGGAGAUUCAAGUACGACUACUUGGCAAAGAUCGAUGGCGCAUGGGAGCCCGUCUCCUCAAUGGAGUUCUCCCGCAAGUACAACCUCAUGAGAGAUGGCGCCAAAAAGACCGUCCAGGGUGACCUCACCGUAGACGUCUUGGAGGUUGGCAAUGCCGCUGUCGAGGUCACUCUCUCACCAAGCGAGAAGCAGCCAUUCUUGACCUUUGCCCCUCUCUCCGAGACCAAGAUCACCAAGGUCGUUGAAGGAAACACCACCAUCUGGGCCGGCAACACUACCUCCUGCGUCUCCGCCUCCCUCUUGUUCAAGGAGGAGAAGCCCAUCCUUGCCAAACUCGGCAUUGAAGCCGGAGAAGAAGAAAAGGAACUUUACCUCGAAAAGAGAACCUUUGGCUGGUAUCCAAUUGCCAAGGAAGCAUUCGAUGCCAAGGUUGAGGUGGCCGGAUUCGCCACUCUUUCCAUUGUCACUGUUGCUUUAAUGUUUGCCUUUGGUAUGGAAUUUUAACUUUUUUCUCUAUG